ACGAUGCCGGAGAGUUGUUGACAACCGCCGUCCGUCAUUGCUGCAUGGAGUUUAGCUAGCUAAUUACGUAGCUAAUGUAACCGGGCGUCCACCAAAGGACACACACACACACACAAAGGAGGAAAGAAUGUCAACUGCAGGUGGAGCUGUCUUGAUCCAGACACCAGUGCAGCUCUAUCGAUACCUGCGCAGAUGUUGCAGGCAGUUGCCGACCGCAGCCAUGCAGCAGCACUACAAACAUGCCAUCAUACAGGGAUACAACAGUCACUCGGAUGAAGACGACCCCGAGCGAAUACAAAUGAUAAUUCAAAGAGCUUUAGUGGACGCCGAAUGGAUUCUUGAUAAAUACACAAAAAAAUAAGUGAGACUCAUCAGAAUCAAGUGUAUCUACUGUCCUGCCUAUGGACACUCCACCAUCUGGACUGUAGCUGGAGCUCUAACCACUGACCUUUGAAUCCUGAAUCCAAUAAAUUAUUGAAGUGUAUAUAUUUAACCUAUGGCUGACAUUAUUAUUUUUUUUUUAAUAAAGUAAGUUUCAAUGACAGCA